AAUAAGAAAUGCGAAGAAGAAGAAGAAGAAGGGAAAACACAAAACAUACGGGCUAGCAACGAGCUUGUGAUGAUUCUCAAGAGUCAAGAAACUCAACAAACGCCGGGAUUACUAUGUGUAGCAUUCGGGUUAGGCGCUGAAGCUGCUCUCAACACUGGGGAGACUCAUGUCAGCUUGCUAACAAGCUUUCUAAGCCAUGAAUUUAAGAGGACUCUUUCAGGACUUCAAUCCCAGUAAGUUCCUGAUCUAUUCUUGCCUGCUGCUGUUCUCUGUGUUGCUGUCCUUGAGGCUGGAUGGAGUCAUCCAGUGGAGCUACUGGGCUGUGUUCACUCCAAUAUGGCUCUGGAAGCUGUUGGUCAUCAUUGGCGCAUCUGUGGGCACCGGAGUCUGGGCCCACAACCCUCAGUACAGGGCUGAAGGGGAGACAUGUGUGGAGUUCAAGGCCAUGCUGAUAGCGGUGGGGCUCCACGUCCUACUGCUGAUGUUCGAGGUGUUGGUGUGCGACCGCGUGGCAAGAGGAAGUUACUUCUGGCUCCUCGUCUUCAUGCCCCUUUUCUUUGUGUCUCCCGUUUCUGUGGCUGCAUGUGUCUGGGGUUUUAGACACGACCGCUCCCUCGAGCUGGAGGUGUUGUGUUCAGUAAAUAUUCUCCAGUUUAUCUUCAUUGCUCUGAGGCUGGACAGGAUCAUCAGCUGGCCUUGGCUGGUGGUGUGUGUCCCACUGUGGAUCCUCAUGUCCUUCCUGUGCCUCGUUGUCCUCUACUACAUUAUCUGGUCAGUCCUCUUCCUCCGCUCCAUCGACAUCAUCGCCGAGCAACGGCGGACUCACAUCACCAUGGCGAUCAGCUGGAUGACCAUCGUCGUUCCGCUUCUCACCUUCGAGAUCCUCCUGGUGCACAAGCUGGAUGGCCACAACAGUCUGAGCUAUGUGUGUGUGUUCGUCCCUCUCUGGCUCUCCCUGCUCACACUCAUGGCCACCACCUUUGGCCAGAAGGGAGGGAACCACUGGUGGUUCGGCAUCCGGAAGGACUUCUGCCACUUCCUGUUGGAGCUCCUUCCCUUCUUGCGAGAGUACGGGAACGUGUCCUACGACCUCCAGCGCAGCGAUGAUCCUGAGGCGGCCGAGGAUCUGCCCGUCCCCGAGCCGCCACCAAAGAUUGCCCCCAUGUUCCAUAAGAAGACUGGCGUGGUGAUCACGCAGAGCCCAGGGAAAUAUUUUGUCCCGCCACCUAAACUGUGCAUCGACAUGCCUGACUAACGUCGGAGCUGAGGUGGAUGCGGCUGCUAUAGUGAUGUGUUUAACUAAUGACACGGAAACAGCAGAGGACGCUGCGUUUGGCUUUUAUCUACUGUUUUGGAGGACUUGGCUCCCUCAACUAAACUGUGCGUCAGACAUGAGAACCAACAUGGUGAUGGAUCCAGUUUCCUCACAUUGGUUUCACUCGCUGUUUUUAAGACUCCCUGCGUAAAUCUGUCCAGGAUGAAAUCAUGGAACCAUAAGAAUGGACAGCUUAGUUUUCAGCUGGUCGGUGACGUCAGUGCUGUGCUGCUGUCUCCCAGUCGUAUCCACUCUGAAUGUUGUUGGUAGAAACUGACCACAGAAAAAUGGGAUUCUCUUGGAUCUAAAGAUUGACGUGAUGCGGAGAUGCACUGCAGCGCUCGACCUUUGUGAACUUAAAUAUUUGACUCUCGCAGCCUUUUUGCUUUAGAGUGUCUGAAUGAAAGAUAACACUUUGGUUUGUGAUGGGGACCAUUAGAGAGACUCUCAUGCUUGACUUUGAGAUCAGUGUGCCCCUGUUGUCUCUGCUCACUUUAGACCAUGCAGGUGGAAAACCAAGGGGGCAGGGUUAAAGGAAAGAGUCAGAUUUUUUCAGGUAUGUCCUAGUAUAAUACUUACAUGUCAGUGCUUAGAAAAAGUUCCUACAUGCAGAUGUAUUUCAGUUUAAGGGCCGCGAAACACUGGGCCCAACUCUGCAUGACAGAUUUAAGCUCUUUCUAAUCUCAACCUGGAAGUAGCUCUUCCUGUUCCUGGUCUGUCUUUCAUCCUUUUCCAUCAGCUGGUCAUCAGAUGUUGACUUUGGGGUGUGUUUAAGUGCAAAAAUAUUGGUCCAGACACAGACAACAUGUGGCAACAUUUCAGUCGGCCUUCUCUGCAGGUAGUCCUUAAAGGUUGGUUUGGUUUGUUUGCACCUUAAGAGCCACAGUUCACCUGAGAUCCACAGUCCUUGACAAAAAGUUCAUAUGGGGCUUUAGCAAGGGUAUUUUCCGAAGUUAGUUUCUGUUGUAAAUGUCAUUAGUUUCUUUGAUCAGUGGAAAGAUAAAGACGAAGAUACAGUUUGUGGCUACACAUAUCUAAAGUUCAGAAAAUAUCCACUGACGUCGUUGUUGCCCUACAAAGUUUUUCUAGAGUCGCUCUGUUAGGAACAAAUUCUGCUCCAGUAAAGAUCCACCGGGCCAAUGAAAUGCUUUGGGCUGACUUUAUACAGGGAUAAACAACAGCAACACGGUCAUACACAUCAUCAAGUAUGUUAUUGAACUCAUCGACUUAAUCAAAAUGUCUGCCAUUAGAGAAGUGAGCUGUUAGUAGUCCACUAUCCCCUCUGGUGGAAAACAUAUUGACAGUAAAAUAAAGACGAAGAAUUGACAGUGAUUAAUGUAUUUGUUGAGAAUGCCUUAAUGGUACAUAGUAGCUCUUAUUCAUUGUAGGAUGCUUUUUUUUUCUCUGUAUCGAUUGAAAUUCGCCCACUAAUGGAAUCCAAACAAGUUAACAGACUCCAUUGUUUUUAAAACCAACCUGAAAAAUCUGACUUCUUUCCUUUAACAAGAUGACAAUAGAAAAGGCACUUUGUAAACCUGUUCCAAGAGGAACCCCGUCAGUCUUUUUGUAUUCCUGUUUUUCCUUUCUCUUUUUUUGUAGAUAAUUUGUCAAGCUAGGGACCAGAGUGUUGGCGGGCUUAGAGGCAGGCCUGGAAAAUAUGAUUAGGUACCAAUCAUUCUAUUUUAAUUUAAAGUUUCAUCCGUGUGGAUAAAUCAAGAGUUCAAAGUCUCUGCCGUUCAUAAGAACUCUAACGUGAUGUAGCAGUCUUCACAUUACUCUGAUUUUGGGUCGUAGGAGACGCAUUUUCAAAUGUCACACAUAUCAGCUUGAACUAGUUGAAACAGUGAUACUAGAUCCAGUACUUCUUAAAACACAGACUGAGUGGAGAGUAUAACUCCCCAGAUUUCUUUGGUUUAUCAUGAUACUUUCAAAAAGUAAAAACAUUUAUCCCCACUUGUCAUUUUGUCUGAUUUCUAAUAAUAUAUGUUUUUACUCAUCUCAUGCUGGAAGUAGAGCGACCUGGUGUUUUCUCUCAGUCCUGCGCUGCAUUCUGGUCUCCUCUGCCUCUCCAAUCAUUGAUUCCUUCUGUGGGACUGACUGAAUUAUUGACAUUUAUUGUUUGCAGAGAUGAAUCUCAAACAUCAAUGCGCAAGAAAAAAAAACAGCGUCACAUCUUCUGUGUUUGUCCACAGAUAAAGGAAGUAUAAUUGGUGACUGCUGUCGGGUCGGCUAUAUUCUUAGCCCCCAUUUCAGUUCCACAAAGACCCCUGCAAAACACAACGACUGAUGGACUGGCUGCCAAGAAGAGCUGUACUCAUCCAAACCUCCACUUUCUCAUUUAUACACACACACCAAAAAAAAAACGGUUCUGAAGACAACAGCAACUCCACAAUCUGAUCAUUUUUGUUUCAUACAGUAGAGAAGUCAUUCUGAUUAACACACAGACUACAGCUACACAGUACUGUAGAAGAGAAUAAACGUUAAAUACAAAG